CUCCUGCCAGGCAGUAAGAGCGGAUUGCCGAGUGUAUCAGGAAGUCUAGCGGCGGAGUUCUUGUCUCCUUCAGGAUGGCGGAGGGCCGGGAAGUGUUCUUGAGAGCUCGGGGCAGGACCUUCACUUCAUUCCGAGAAGGUGACGAGAAGGAGUGGAAAGGACCGUUCUAUUUUAUACAAGGAGCAGACCCGCAGUUUGGCCUCAUGAAAUCCUGGGCAAUUGGCGAAAGUGACUUUGGAGGAGAUGAGUGGGAGGAGGAGAUCAAAUUAACAGAAGAGGCGGUGGAAGCCAUCAAUAAGUUGUGUCCCAAGCCAAAGUUCCUUGUCCUUUGUGGAGAUCUCGUUCAUUCCAUGCCAGGAAUUGAAUGGAAAGACGCUCAAGAACAUGAUCUGAAAACGGUUCUCCUGAAGACCAACCCUGACAUCCCAAUGGUGUUUGUCAGUGGAAACCAUGACAUUGGCAAUGCUCCAACCCCGGAGACUAUACAAACCUUCUGCAACAACUGGGGCGAUGACUACUUCUCCUUCUGGGUUGGUGGAGUUUUCUUUCUUGUCUUAAAUACACAGUUGUUCUUUGAUGCAUCGAAAUGCCCAGAACAGAAGGAAAAUCAGGACAAGUGGCUUGCUGAGCAGCUGGCCAUAGUCAAACAGCGACAGUGCCAGAGAGUCAUCAUUUUCCAGCACAUUCCUCUAUUUCUCCAGAAUGCUGACGAAGAUAACAACUAUUUCAACCUGGAAAAAUCCCUUCGACGAGAGCUAUUAGAGAUGUUUCAGAACGCAGGAGUCAAAGCCAUAUUCUCAGGACACUACCAUAGGAAUUCUGGAGGAACAUACAAAGACAUAGACAUGGUAGUGACAUCGGCCAUCGGGUGCCAGCUUGGAGAAGACCAACAUGGCCUUCGUGUGGUGGUGGUCACUGAAGACAAGAUCGUACACCGAUACUAUAGCCUAGACAAACUGAAAACCCAAGGUCUUGAUGAUGAUCUCAUGGACUUGAUUAGAAAGAAAUAGUGUGUAACACAGAUAUUUUUCACUUUUUAACACAAUUUAUUACAAAACUCUAUUUUAGUGAUUCUUCAACUUAUUAUAUUGUUAUCUCAUGGCAGUGUAUUAUUUGAUUAAAGUGUCGCUGUCUUUUCAGUUUAUUCUUAAUAUUGUGCCUUGACAGUGAUUUUAAACAUUUUCAAAUAUACUUUACUAGGUGUUUAGUUUUACUAGAAAACAGUGUGUAAAGGGUCCCCUUAGAGAGGGGAACAAGACUACCAGCUACAGCAGGCGUAUAGGAACAUAGGGGCACAUUUAUAACCCCCUGUGCUGGCGGUGGAUCCUUGCUGUAUUACAUUUAGACCAUUUUCUAUGCCUAAAGCAGGCGUAGAAAAGGAUGAACUCAUUCCCACAAUGCGCCCCCUUUUUUACACCUGGCGUAAGCUUGGAAGAAGUUGCAGAUUCUUCCGCAACAUGGCAUGCAACGUAAUCUGCGCCAGAUAUACGCCACAAAAGUGGCAUAUAUCUGUUUGUAAAUUACCCCCAUAGUACAUUUAUGAUUAGUGCCAAGUGAAGGCAGCCCCGGUUUUCCCUCUCUCCUAUCAGUGCUUAUCAGAGAAGCACAGGGAAUAGAGAUAAAGGAACAGAGCUUUUAGCACUGGCAGCAAGUCAGAUAGGCAGGGACACAGGCAGACAUUGUUAGGACACAGAGCAAGCCAAGGGCUCAUGAGAUAAGAGGCAAGCUGAGAAGCCUGCCUUUGUAUUUUCUAUAUAGUCAUCUGACAGCCUGUUCUUAGCAACACUUAGACUUUUUACAUGCUGUUUUCUAGUAAAAGUAAACAACUUUCCCAAAUAAAGUAUAUUACAAAAUGCUUAGCAUCCUUCUCUGUACACAAUCUAAAAAAAAAACUAAAUCACUGUUACACUUUAAUGAUAACUAGAAAUUUUGAUAGAAAAAAAUAGAACUGGAUCUUGUUUUCACAUUCAUUAAAGGGGUUCUGCAGUUUGUUUAAAC